AUGCCGCUGCUGGGCCGGGCGCUGCUGCCGCUGCUGCUGCUGCUGCUGGCGGUGGCCCGCGGUGCCGCCACGUCGCCCUGCGCGCCGCAGCCCAACGCCACCCGCUUCGUGUGCACGGCGCCCGCGCUGCGCGCCUUCCCCGCCGGGCUGCCGCCCGCCACCGUCGCCGUCUCCGUGGAGUUCACGGCGCUGGCGCGGCUGGAGCCCGACGCCCUGGCCGCGCUGCCCCGCCUGCGCGAGCUGCACCUCGCCGGCAACCGCCUGCGCACGCUGCCCGCGGGGCUGCUGCGCCCGGCGCCCGCCCUGCGCCUGCUCGACCUGACGGGCAACGCGCUGCGCGACCUGCCGCCCGACGCCUUCGCCGGCGCCCGACGCCUGCGGCACCUGGCGCUGCGGGCCAACGCGCUGCGGGCGCUGCGGCCGCCCUGGUUCGCCGGCCUGGCCGCGCUGCGCGUCCUCGACCUGGCCGAGAACCGGCUGGCGGAGGUGCCGGCGGGCGCCUUCGGGGCGCUGCGCUCGCUGCGCGUCCUCCACCUGGCGCGCAACCGGCUGCGGCGGCUGCCGCCGGGGCUGCUGGCGGGGCUGCCGGCGCUGCGGCGUCUCGACCUGGAGGGCAACCGGCUGCGGACGCUGCCCGCCGCCCUCUUCGCCCCGACGCCGGCCCUGGGCUUCCUCUUCCUGCAGGGCAACGGGCUGCGGGCGCUGCCGGCCGGGCUCUUCGGGCCCCUGCGGCGCCUGCGCGUCCUCGACCUGGCGCGCAACCGGCUGCGGGCGCUGGAGCUGCCGCCGCCGCCGGGCCCCGGCCGCCCCGCGCUGGCCCUCGACCUGGCCGCCAACCCCUGGGCCUGCGGCUGCGGGAUGCUGGCGCUGCUGCAGCGGGCGGCCCCCGCGCUGGCCGCCAGCCCCCCCGCCCGCUGCGCCGGCCCCGCCGCCCUGCGCGGGCGCCCCGUGGCCGCGGCGGUGCGGGAGGCCGUCUGCGAGGCGGGCGGCCCCGGGCGGCACCCCGGCACCUCGGCGCCCUGCUGCCCGGCCCCGGCCCCCACGAGCCCCCCCGGGCCCCCGGAGGAGGGGAGCGCCGCCGCCUAG